AUGCCUACCGUUCAAGUAUUAAGAGAUCCAUUGUUGAAAGCUUUGGGAAAACAAUAUACUGAUGACGAGUUUGAUGAUCUCUGUUUCAGAUAUGGUAUUGAAUUGGAUGAAGUUAAUAAGAAUACUUAUGUUAUGUACAAUAUAAAGACUUCAGAAAGAAAGAUCAUUGAAAAGGAAACAGGUGUAGUCGAUAAGAAUGCUUCGGAUGAAGUACUUUAUAAGAUCGAUGUUCCAGCUAACAGAUACGAUUUGUUGUGUAUGGAGGGAUUGGCACGUGCACUCAAGGUCUACGGUCAACAAACACCGAUUCCAAAGUAUUCGAUCACCGCCAAGCCAGCUGUCUACCAAAAGAUGAUCGUCACACCAGAGGUCAAGGCAAUCAGACCAAUCGUAGUCUGUGGUAUCUUGAGAGACAUCACCUUUGACCAACAAACCUACAAGAAUUUCAUUGAUCUCCAAGAGAAACUUCAUCAAAACAUUUGCAAAAAGAGAUCACUUGUUUCAAUUGGUACACAUGAUUUGGAUACUGUUAAAGGACCAUUCUACUACAAGGCAUUGAAGCCAGAGGACAUCAAGUUUGUACCAUUGUCACAAACCAAAGAGUUCAACGCUGUUGAAUUAUUCAAAUUCUAUGAUGAAACUAGCUCACAUCUAAAGAAAUACUUGCAUAUUAUUAAAGAUUCACCAGUAUAUCCAGUGAUCUACGAUUCAAACAACACUUUACUCUCACUUCCACCAAUCAUCAACGGUGAUCACAGCAAGAUCACUCUCAACACCAAGAAUGUAUUCAUUGAAGUCACCGCCACCGACUACACCAAAGCCAACAUCGUAUUGAACAUCAUGUUGACUAUGUUCUCUGAAUAUUGCAAACUUCCAUUCACUAUGGAACAAGUAGAGGUUGUAGAUGUAGAUGGUACUACUAAACUCUUCCCACAAAUCGAUGAAGUCGAAAUCAAAGCAUCUACCUCCUAUAUCAAUAAAUGUAUUGGUGUACAAUUGGAGCCAACCAACAUGAUUGAGAUGUUGAAGCGUAUGUCUCUCGAUUCACAAUUGAGUCAAGACAAACAAACCAUCACUGUUUCCGUUCCAUCCACAAGAAGUGAUAUUAUUCACGAAUGUGAUAUUAUGGAAGAUGUUGCUAUUGGUUAUGGUUUCAAUAAUAUUCCACGUGUUGUACCAAAUACCCCAACCACCGGUAGAAUCCAACCAAUCAACAAACUCUCAGAGUUACUCGCUGCUGAAGUUGCUCAAGCCGGUUUCACUGAGAUUAUGACUUUUGUAUUGUGCUCCAACAAGGACAAUUACUCUUUGAUCAACAGAGACGACGACAACAACAGUGUAAAGAUUGCCAAUUAUCUUCACGAAGAUUUCUCUGAAAUUCGUACAAGUUUAACAAACACUUUGUUAAAGAGUGUUGUCUCAAACAAGGCAUUGCCAUUGCCAUUAAAGUUAUUCGAAGUUGGAGAUAUCUCUAUCAAGGGAUCUACCGGUAACAAGAACUUGGCCGAUCCAAACAACAAUAACAGUGACACUGGAUCCUAUAACAAGCGUAUGUUGGGUGCCAUCUACUGUAAUCACUCUGCCAGAAUCGAGGUUGUUCACGGUAUCCUCGACAAGUUGAUGUUGUCACUCAACAUCAAGCACAUCUCUGAUAAGACUGCAUCUGCCUAUGGAAAGAAAUACCAACUCAAGCCAAACAACGACAAGCUCUUCAUGACCGGUAUGGGUGCCGAUAUUUUAGUUGACGACAAGAAGAUUGGUGUUUUGGGUGUUGUUCAUCCAACCGUAUUGAAGAACUACGGUAUCUCAUACCCAUGUUCAUUACUAGAGUUUGAAGUCAACAUGGAACUCGCUUCAUGUAUUCAAUACCCAAUUCAAAAGAAAUAA